AUAACUCCCUGUCGAUAGCAUCUUGUUGGAAAGACAUAUUAAAAGCGUGCCUGCGUGCAUCAAUUUACAUUCCAAUCUACUCUAUCCGUGUCGCGGUGCCGCUUGCAAUUCGAUCAAAAACCAAAACAAGGCGGCGCGAUGCGAUACCGCGCAACGCCAACGCUCACCGCUCAUUGCAAUGUGCACACUCUAAUCUACACUUCACUGUUUGAAAUAUUUUACGUCGACGCUCAUCGCUCACCGCGCAUCGCUCGCCGCUCACCGCUCACUAAUGUGCACGCGCACUAGGGCUUCCAAAAGGUUGGUGCAAACGGCCCUGAAUGUUUGCAAUGUCAAUAAAACAUCAAACUGUCAAGGUUGUCAGUAUUUGAAGUGCUUGCCAUAAUAGUAACUUAUAUUUGUCAGUUUACAUAAUUUUCCUCACAAUGUCCGAAACUAGCAUUACCUUUGUAGAAGAUAGAGCCGAUUUGGUCUACAUCACAAAACUAAUAAAUGUAGAUGAUUUUGGGUUAAAAACCGAGGUGCCAAACAAAGAAGAGUCGGAAACGACAAUCGGCUCCGACGUUACAAACAAACCAACCGAAUCUGACAUGAAGUUGUUGGAAGAAAUCAGCGGCGCCCGUCUAUCCAGAAAACUGAAACCAUUCCAAAUAAGUUACGCCUACGGCAUCAACGCUAACGUGGGCGUCAUCAAUUUGACGCAAGACUCAAGAAAAGAACUGAUUUUCUCCAGCAUAAAUUCAGUGGUGAUUUACGAUUAUUGCACUAAAAAAAAUAAACAUUUACAAGCUCACCCUUCGACUGUCAACUCGAUAUCAAUUGAUGCCAACGGAGAAUAUCUAGUUAGUACUGACGAAGAUAAAGAUGGUUGUCUCAUAGUAUGGUGCUGUAAAACUUUCAAUCCGCUAUUCAGCAUAUACAAGCCAUACCCUGACAGUGCGAUUAUUAUGGCUGCCAUAAGUGGUUGUGCCAGAUACUUAGUGACAAUGGGUGACAAUUUGGAUUAUUACUCUAUAGAUGUUUGGCUGUGGACACUUGCAGAAGAUAAACCGAAGGACACUUAUUUAGUCAAUAAGACGCAUGGUAAACCAGUUAAAAUAUGCUUCCAUCCUGAUAAGGAUGAACAUAUAAUGGUAGUUUUUGAAACACAAGUAUUUUUUCUUACUUGGCAUUCAGAAGAAAACAUGCUAAGACCCACGAUUAUACCACAAAUUUAUCAAACUAAUUAUAAACUAGGUUUAAUGACUUGUGGCACUUACAUGAAAUACUCACAUUCUAGCUAUGUAUCCACCUCAACUGGGUGCAUUUUGCUGUUCAGAAAUACCCUUUACACUCAGGAAUAUGAAGAAGGCCCUUUGAGAAACAAAAAAAUGUAUAUCAAUGCUGUUAAAGUUACCAAGUCUCUUAUCAGUACCAUCACCGCUACGCCGAAUAGAAUUUUGGUGACAGGAGAUUCAAGAGGCACGAUUCUGUUUUUUGACAGAAGAAUCAAGCUUUUAUUUUGGAUUAAAAAUCCCAAAAUGGGCAAGAUAACCGCAAUAAGUUUUGCUUUAACGCCAAAGACAUAUUCGUUCGUGGAUUCUAAAGUUGAGAUAAAAUACUUCCCAGAACACGCAGGUCAAAUUUUGGAAUGUCAAUAUAACGAUAUGGAAGCGGAAAUUACCGAUCUUAUAGAUACACCAAAAGAUGUAACUAUGGAUAACAAUCCGUUUCUUUUGAGUGACUUUUUUAUAUCUACCGCCGACAGUAAUAUUUUCGCUUAUGAUUUCAUACGUUCUAUGGCUACUCCUCUUUUUCACACAGCUGACGCUCCUAUUACUUCUAUUGAUGCGCACGAUGGAAGACCGUACAUUGUGCUUGGUUUUGAAAAUGGCAGAAUAACGUUAAUUAACUAUGAAACAAAGCAAAUUGUUUCUACUUUCGUGCUUCCUAAAACUAAGCAAAUCAAAAAGGGUGGAAUGGUCAGUAGUAUAAAGUAUUCCAGACAGGGUUUGCACCUUGUCUGUGGAAGACUAAAUGGUGAAAUUUGGAUAUUAGACCCGUCAAUUUUACAACCUAAAAUAACUGAACCGUUUCAAAAGGGUCGCAAUCAAAUAAUGAAAAUAGAUUUUGCUUAUAACUCAAUGCAGUUUGCUUAUUAUGAUAAUAAUAGAACUGUUGUACUAUUCAAUUACAAUUCAGAGAAAAAGUGUUGGGAAUUUAGAGGCAAAAUUCGCUCACACAGCUUCCCUAUAAAUGACAUGAUGUUUUUCAGCACAAAUAGUAAUCGCAAAUCGAGACUUUACACUAUAGGAGCUGACCGAUAUAUGCUGCAAUACAACAAUUGGGCACUAAAUAAUAAUGAUAAAAAACCUUUCAUUAUAACCUCAAGAGAUCGAAUCGAACAAUCUGCACUGCCAAUGAAUUUUACUGCCUAUACCAGGAAAUUCGGAAGCAAUACCGUCCGAUACAUUUUAUUUGCCGAUAACAAGCAUAAAAUUAAAGUGAUGCAUGCCAAAACGAAAACACCAAGAUCCUUAACGGUAGCUCCUUCGAGCGAUUGUUUCAAGGACGCGCAAAUUAGGAAAAUGAAAAUUGUACCUUCACACAAUAAUUCCCGCUAUAUGGUUUUCAUGACUGAAAAACAUCUUGGAAUUUCGAUUUUACCUCCCGACGGCAAUCCUUUCCGAAAUGUUGGAUAUAUGGUUCAUCCUAAACAGGUUACUGAUUUUGCUCUAAGCAAAGAUGGUAAACAAGUUUUCACUUUUGGUAAAGACGACAGAUGUGUCUUACAAUGGCAUAUUGAUCCGAAGUCAGUGGAACUCGCUGCAGUUAUGGGUGGUACGGAACUAGAACCAUUUUACAGUUUUCUGGAUGGCGGUAGGAACGGCGCUUUCGUACUAGAAGUCGAAGAACUCUUUUACUACAUGCAAUCGUUGCAGCAGGAAAAUUUCGAUGUCCCCAGAAAAAUAUCCGAUUGCAUUAAUUUGAGUGAAGUUCCCCAUUUAGCCAAAGCUUGUGGAUUUUUCCCCAGCAAUUUCGAACUUGAAAUGAUGAUGCUCGACAUCCGUUUUAGAGAUUACGAUGAAGAUGGUCAAACAAAAGAAGAAGUUUCGUUUGUGGAAUUUAUGAAACUUCUGAUAAAUCACAUGCCUUAUGACGGUUACUCUAUAGAAGAAGUCGAUGAACAUUUUAAGGUUCUUUGUUCUAUGGCUGAUAAUCCUAGAAGGAGCAAAAUCGAUCGUAACGAUUUUGCUGCUUUAAUACAGACCGAUUGUGAUGGUUUUCAUAAUAUGCAUUCCUGUUUAACAAGGCUCCUUGGAGUUCUUGAGUUUGGUCCGGGUAAUUUUAACUUUUUGCCGACGAGUAUCACCAAGAAUUAUCUACUUGAUAAAAUAUUGGGGCUAGAAUGUGAGGAAAAAGAAGAGGAGGGUGACGAUGAUUAUGAUUUCGAUGAUGCAGAUUUCUACGUCACAUCUUUACGAAGAAUGAUGUGAAUUAUUUAUUUGAAAUAUUAUACAUUUUUUUUUUGUUUGUGAUAUUAAUAUAUUAGUGAGUCGAGC